AUGUCGCGGAAGGUCAAUCGCCCUUCUUCGCAAGACGUUGUAGAGGUCAAUCGAACGUAUCCAAAAGAGCCGGUGCUCUCUGGUCCUAAGACUCAGAUGCUACCAGAUCUGUCUGCUUCAACACAGGAGAUACUUGCACGGGUUCAGGCGGAAAGUGCGGGUAGCAUUACCGACGAGGCACCAAUUUUGGCAAACGACCUCAUGGAAUCUACGAAGUCCACAGAAAAGUCCGUUCCGCCAGGGUCACUUGCCAAAAACGCCGCUCAAUUUCAACGGCCGAGAAUGGCGUCAGGCAUAUUCGACAAGUCGAAGCUGAAGUCAGCCUUUGCUUCAGCGCUGAUACCAAAGCCUAAGACUGGGCCUUCACAGCCAUCGAAUGACUCUGCUAACCAGCUAUCUGCUGUUGCAGGUAUAUCAACGGGCAAGAGCAGUACUGUACAAUCAGAGAAGCCAUCGCGGUCAGCUACGGAGCUCUCGAGGGUUGGUGCUUCGUCGAUGAAGUCUGACGAAUCCACUAUCGAGGUCCUACCGUCUUCAGCCAAGUCAGCACAAGGGGACACGAACACUGCUGGGGUAUUGUCCAAGCAAAAGCCCAAUGUCGAAAAACCGGAAACCCCUAAACCUAAGAUGAGGAUGAGUCAUACCUAUGUUCUUCCUAGUGGAGAGAUCGUCAAUUCUGGGAAAGGACUGGGUCGAGGGCGUCCAGGUAUCAAGCGAGGACCAAGGAAGCGGAAAUCCAUGUCGAGCCAACCUCCGUCUGAAGCGAAACCGAUCUCUCGAAAGCGCAAACGCACCUCUGUGGAAUCGGAUUUAGAGCAAAGGUCACCCUCCCCUUUACACUCCACAUCCGAUUCCGGUGAUGAGAUUACACCUCAGGCCACACAGACUCGCUCAGGACGCCAUACACAACGUCCACCUGCAUUCGUGCCACCAGAAAGUCCGUCUCAUAAGAAGCCCCGUCUCAGCGAACCAGCCAGCUCGAAUGCUGGUAAGCUUCCUAUCAAGCGAAAAGUAUACAAGGGUAAGGAGCAAAGCGCCUUAUGCGAGCAUUGCCUACGAGGUUAUGGACCAUUGAAGAAUGCCAUCGUCUUCUGUGAUGGAUGUAAUCGGUGCUGGCACCAGAGAUGCCACAGUCCGAUGAUACCGAGAAAGUUGGUUCUAGAUCCGAACAGCGAAUGGUUUUGCACCGAGUGCACUGCUAUAAAACAGAAGCCGAAUAAAGUUGUGCGAGCUCCGAAGACUGAACGUCCGCCUGCGCGUGUAGAGGAGCCGACUCCUACGCCAUUGCCUUCAGCAGAAAGUUCCAAGAAGGACUAUUUCAAUUCGCUCUCCAAGGAACAUUUGGUAGACCUCUUGAUGCAGGCAUCAACCUUGGCUCCACACCUUCCCUUGUGGCAAUUUCCUCCUGCACCGUCUCCACCUCAACCCAGCAAUGCCCCCACUCCCAAUCCUGCUUCUUCUACGAAAGAAGACGCAUAUCCAACUCCCAAGAAUGAGGUCAGCGAUCUCGAAGAUGACUACGACGAGUACGAAGACGAAAUUGCGAAGCUAUACCCAAGGCCAGGGAGUGGUGUCCAGCUGCCGCCGGAAAGUGAAGACUUGCAUAUGCUGCUAGAGGGGCCGGAAAGCAGAACGUUCAGUCACGCGCUACGGGAGGGUAUUGUUGGGACUGGAUCUGGAAGAGUGGCCUGA